AUUUUUCCAGCCGGGUGUCCUGUUAAGAGUGGCAGGAUGAAACAAACCUCAGGGCAUUAUAGGGCCAUGAUGGAUCAAUUAUUGCAAACUGGAGACCUAGUUCCCAACAGCCAUAAAAUGAUCAGCGCUGGCGAGUAGAGUCUUUUCUCUCCCAAAGAGAACAAUGACAGAAGAUGGACCGUCCAUCCGUAUGUGAGCGAGGAUGGGGGAUUGGAAUUUGUUAGGGAGCAUUUUAGAGGAGGUCCAUAUCCACUCCACCAUCGUGGGGAAGAUCUGGCUCACCAUCCUCUUCAUUUUCCGCAUGCUCGUGCUCGGCGUCGCGGCCGAGGACGUCUGGGACGAUGAACAGAGCGAGUUUGUUUGCAACACAGACCAACCCGGCUGCAAGAACGUCUGCUAUGACCAGGCGUUCCCCAUCUCUCUGAUUCGCUACUGGGUGCUUCAGAUCAUAUUCGUGUCGUCUCCGUCGCUGGUCUACAUGGGACACGCGCUGUACCGUCUGAGAACCCUUGAUAAGGCGCGACACCGAAGAAAAGCCUGUCUGAAAGCCGAGCUAGAGGGAACCGACCCCGUCCAAGACCAGAAGCGAAUCGAGCGAGAGCUCAGGAAACUGGAGGAACAGAAGAAAGUCCGGAAAGCUCCCCUUCAAGGCUCUCUGCUGCGAACGUAUGUUUUCCAUAUCUUGACGCGAUCCGUGGUGGAAGUGGGUUUCAUUGUCGGUCAGUGUGCUCUGUACGGCAUCGGACUGUCUCCUCUGUACCGUUGUGAGAGGCUGCCUUGCCCUAACAGCGUGGAUUGUUUUGUCUCUCGACCAACAGAGAAGAACUUCUUCAUCGUUUUUAUGCUCGUGAUCUCUGGUGUCUCUUUGUUCCUCAAUCUACUUGAGAUCUUCCAUCUGGGCGUGAGAAAGAUCAAGCAAAGUUUGUAUGGCUACAAAUACGGAGACAACGACAGCGUGGGCAGGUUGAAGAAAAACUCCAUGCCGCAGCAGGCUUCCUCCCCACGCAGGUCGAUGCCGCACACGCAGAUAACCUGCUCGUUUGUGUCCGGCCGUGAUGGAGACGCUCAGGAAUCGACCGCCGUGGAACCUCGUACUCAGGAGCCCAGCAGCACCAACCACCUACCGGCACAGGCUUACCAGCCAAGCCGAGCCGACAUCCAGAGUCUGGACGUGGAGAGGCGGUCGUCUUACAGCGAUGACUCGGAUGUACCGCCGAACUCGGUCAUGCUGCAGCACACGGGACCUCCAUCUGCUUUAAUGAGCAGCCACAUGAAUAUCCCAGCGACCCUGAACUUCUCACAGAGAAAGCAGAGCAGAGUGAGCGUGUACAAAGAACUCAGCGACGCAAGUGUUUCUCUGGGAAGUGACCGCUUCCCAACGGCCAGGAAGAGCAGCUUCAUGUCCCGAGGAAUGUCCGAUGGAAGGCAGGGCACUCCUUCAGCCAGCCUCAGUUCCAUCGCAGGAACCAAUAGCGAUGCCCCGCACUUCCAUCAGGAAGAGAGUCCGGGGGUGACGCCACCGCCUCCGGGCGCCGGGAGGAGGAUGUCCAUGAACAUGAUUCUGGAGCUCUCUUCAAUCAUGAAAAAGUGAAUUUGGAGAUGAGAAAACAAAGACGACACAAACAGAACAAGCAACGUUCAACAUGCAAAAUGAGCAAAUUGUUGACUAUGCGGGGGUAACCAGGCGGACAAAAUUGCACUUUGGGCCUCAAACAUCAUUUUUUGUGACUUUUUUUUCCUACUCAGGAAGGCUGGAGAAACACGUCAAGUCUUUGACUCUUCAUGUUUCGUCAUGUUUAAAGAUGUUUUUUUUGGAAUGGAACGCAUUACUUGUUGUGUACAUACUUAGUAUAUACAUUCUGAAGGUAAAUACAGCGGAAACUUGGUUAGCAUGGUUAAUUGUUUCCAGAAGGUCCGACUCUAACCAAAAUGUACUUGAACCAAAUCAAUGAUUCCAAUAAGAAAUGUUGACACAAAACAUCCAGACAACAAAUCUAAAUGCAUGGUACUUUAACCUUCACUGAAGACGUGAUUGUUGUCAAAGACACGGACACCACCUGACUGUUUUGCAGUGACUUAUUCCUCAAAUUCAAUCAUGUUUUCUUUUGAUAGGGGCUGCAAAACGAGCAAAAUUGAGCCAAAGAAAGUUGAAAGUGUCAGUAUUUUGAUAAACAAGGUGAGAAACACAAUUGAAAUCAAAUUCAAAUAACUCAUAGCAAAACAAGAAGGUGGCUUCCGUGUUGACCAAGCCGCCACAUGGUGUUUUUGGCAAAAUCACAUCUUCUAUCACGUUCAAUCAUCAUUUCUGUUGAUGUAGAAUAGUUUUAUGCAUGCAGUAAAACUAUAAGAAGGUGACGCUUCCUGUGUUAGCUCAUGGAUAAGAAUGCUAACAAGGAUGUUUUAUGAUAAAAAUAUGUUAAUAAGAUGAUAUAUUGUAUACUAACCAGAAAUGUACUCAAAUCAAGGCAACAUUUUGACGGAAAUUUUCCAUGUUUACCAAAAAACAUGCUAAGCGAGGUUCCACUGUAAAUGUAUUUUGCUAGGUUAAACUGUCGUUUGAUACGUUCAAGAGACAUGUUAGACAUUUUCACAGUAAAAAAAAAAGUUUUUUUCCCCUACUAGUGAUUUUAGUCCCAAUGUGUUCAUAAACAAAAUGAAAAAAAGAACUUUACAAUCAAACAAGCUCAUACUGGAAAAACAAAUAACCAAACCAAGUUUUUACGGUGAAAUAUAAAUGUAAACACAAAAAUAAGCCAAAACUGAGGGGGUGAGUAACAUUUUUCUGGACAAGGGGGGAAGGUAUCAAUAACUCCCAAAAACCAAUAAAAGCCCAAAUCAAUGCCGGCAUAAGUAAGACAUGCGACAUGCAAGCAGGGUCAAAGCGUGAAGUCUCACUAAGCACUGAACAACGGCCAAAAUAACUCCACUGACAUUCAUGACAGUCGGUGGUAACUCGAAAAUCAUCCAAUUUGUGGCUGAAAAAAGCCAACAUCAAUUUUAGAGUAUUUUGAGAAAAAAAUGCAGAGCUCAGCAUUUCUAUUUUCACCUUGGUUGAAAGUCCAAAUGAGAAGUUUUACAUGUAAAACAACAGGAGAGAAUAUUCAGCCAACAAUAC